UUAGAUCAAACCCCAAAAUUUCCCACCAACUUACCCUAUCUUCUUCACUACCCCAGAUCUCAACCCCCAUUUAGCCAAAUACUCAAACAAUAGCUCAGUAGCAACCCCAUUAUAUUUUCUUGAAAUUCUAUUGGGUAUUUAGUAUACUAAGUUGUAUCAAGAUUCAUAAAAAUUGAAUCUUUACACUGUGUUAAGUUGCUAGAAGCAUUGUAAUGGUGGAGGCACAGUCAUGGACUACAAGAAGGGGAAGCAAUCCAAGAUUGGAGUCACCCCAAGAUCAAGUCUUGGAUAUGCCAGUAACCCCAACUGCUGAAAUCAGACAGCAACAGUAUUCUAAUGGUGGGAUAACUUCUUUGGUGUCACCAAAUGUACUUACUGCUCUUAUAAUUGCUUCUUGGUACUGUUCAAAUAUUGGGGUGUUGUUACUAAACAAGUAUCUUUUAAGUUUUUAUGGUUAUCGUUACCCAAUAUUCUUGACUAUGUUGCAUAUGCUGUCAUGUGCUACUUAUAGUUUAGUUGCUAUUAAGUGGCUGGAAGUUGUUCCUUUCCAGCAGAUACAUAGCAGGAAACAGUUCUUCAAUAUUCUUGCUUUAAGUGCUAUUUUUUGUUUUUCUGUUGUGUGUGGCAAUACUUCAUUGAGGUACCUUCCUGUAUCGUUUAAUCAAGCAAUUGGUGCUACUACCCCAUUUUUUACUGCUAUUUUUGCUUUUGUGAUAACUUGUAAGAAAGAAACUGCUGAGGUUUAUUUAGCUCUUGUCCCUGUGGUCCUUGGUAUCGUCUUGGCUAGCAAUAGUGAGCCAUUGUUCCAUUUGUUUGGGUUCUUGAUGGCUUUAGGUUCAACUGCUGGGAGAGCCUUGAAAUCUGUUGUUCAGGGGUUGUUGUUAUCCUCUGAUGCUGAGAAAUUACACUCCAUGAAUCUGUUAUUAUACAUGGCUCCAAUGGCAGCAAUGAUUUUGCUUCCUUUUACGCUAUACAUAGAGGGGAAUGUAGCAGCAGUUACAGUGGAGAAAGCUAAGGGAGAUGGAUUUAUGGUUUUCUUGUUGAUUGGUAAUGCCACAGUUGCUUAUUUGGUGAACUUAACUAAUUUCUUGGUUACUAAGCAUACAAGUGCCUUGACACUGCAAGUUUUGGGGAAUGCCAAGGCUGCAGUGGCUGCAGUGGUGUCAGUUUUGAUAUUCAGGAAUCCAGUGAACAUCAUGGGCAUAACAGGAUUUGCUGUGACUGUAAUGGGUGUGGUGCUUUACAGUGAGGCAAAGAAGAGAUCUAAAGUAACAGCACACUGAUGAUAGCUUGAAAGAUUCAAUCUUGAUGAUGCCACACAAAGGUACAAUUUUUUUUUUUUUGGUCUAAUUAGAAUUCAUUCUGGUUGGGGAUGUUAAGUGGUUGGAUUGUAUUCCACUGUAUAGGAAGAAAAAUGGGGUAAAGUGGAAAAAGGUUUAUGUGCUAUGCUUUUUUUCCUCUAUAUAAUUGUUCUUGAUUGGGGGUGGUUUAAAGAGAAUAAAGUUGUCUCUUUUACUUUUCCCCUUUCUGUAAUUUUAUACUCCUUUGAUGCAACUACAACAAAGAAAGACUGAUUCUUUCGAUAUUGUUCUCUAUGUGUAAUAUUUUGGUAGGAGAAUUGUCCUCCCAAUAUAUUUUGUCCAAACUCAAGUUUACUUUCCUA